GGCCACGCUCUUUACCCUGCGGCAUUCCGAAUUCCUCUCGGUGGAAGAUUUGACAUGGCCCCAUAUAUUCCUCCUUUCGAAGAGCCAGGCCGGGAGCGCUUCUCAUAUAUCUAGCACGGCGGGAAGCUUAUGCUAACCAUGAACAACGAGCAAGGUUCCUGUCACACUCUCUUCUUCUCUGAGAGGACGUCGACAAUGCAACCGACCAACUCGCCAUUCCAGCCGCACAAGAGAAGCAGCCAAUCAAGAGCUAGGAGCACAUCCUUAUGCUGACUUGUGAGUACCUUUCCAUCCGCUCACUGCUUAACGAAGAACCUUUUCACAUCCACGCAGAGCGUGCCGAAGACGGCUGGCUCGUAACAAUAAUGUGUAUCCAAGUCCAUUUCGAAACCGCCGAGAUCUCCAUACAGAUUCCCAACCAUGACUGGCUGAUGCGCCGUCAAGGCCACGAGUGGCACAAAAAGUACAGCGCCGAUUGGAUCAAGUUUCGCGACGCCAUGCAGAUGCAGAUGAAGAUGGAGGUCGUCCUAUUGACGCUGCCUCUCAAUGCACGGACGCAAGACCAGCCGGGCUUUGAUAAGUAUCGCGGUCUUGCGCUCAUGCAGAUUCUUGCGUUUGAGCCUGGGCUGAAAAAUGACGUGUUGAUCCAGAUGAUGUGGUCGGUGUAUCGAGUGUGGGCGCUGUAUCGCUCAGAUCGUGCGGACUCCAUCAUUGAAGGCGAGGCUUCUGAUGCUGGGUUUACAGACGCUUACAAUAUUUCAAUCAAUCUUUGACCGCGCUGGCUCGUGGUUGGUCGAUGACAAGGUAGUCUAAAAAAAGCCACGAUGGAGUCAAUCCUCCUUUGAACCCUCGUAUAUGGACCAUCUUCUCAUGCUCGGGUCGUGUCCACG